CAAGCUGAGGUUACUAGAGCCACGUCGUUCAUUCAAGUUUCAAUGCGCAAUUAUUUUUAAUGUGAGUUUCUGUCACAGAAUUGCACAUUCCUUGAAAAGUAAAACAUUUUCAACCGAAAUAUUUCGCCAUGGUGCUGAUAACGAUGAUAGCCAGGCUAGCGGAUGGUCUUCCGCUAGCUGCUUCGAUGCAGGAAGACGAACAGUCUGGCAGGAGUUUUAUGGAUUACCAAAAUCAAGCUAAGAUGCUGUUCAAGAAGCUCAACCAACAGUCUCCCUCCAAGUGCAGUAUAGAAAGUAACCCAAUGGUAUUCCACUAUAUGAUUGAGGUUGGUGUAGUGUACUUAGUGUUAUGUGAAAAGCAGUACGCUAAGCGAUUGGCAUUCGCUUACCUGGAGGAGCUGCAUCAAGAAUUCUACACACAGUACAGUAAAAGGGUCAGCACCGUCACCAGACCAUAUUCAUUCAUCGAGUUUGAUACUUUUAUCCAGAAACUGAAGAAAUCCUACACAGAUACCAGAGCGAGACGGAACAUAAGCAACAUUAACACAGAGCUACAGGAUGUACAGAGGAUUAUGGUCCAGAAUAUUGAUGAUGUCAUGCAGAGAGGGGUAGCUAUUUCAGUUUUAGACGACAAAGCCAGCAAUCUUUCCUCUCUGUCCAAGAAGUACAAGCAAGAUGCAAAAUACCUAAACCAGAGAUCCAGAAACGCAAAGAUAGCCGCUGUUGUUAUAUUACUCGCAGUUUUUCUCAUUUAUCUCAGAUAUUGGUGGUUCUAGAGUUCUUAUUUAAAGGCAUUGGACACAAUUGGUAAUUGUCAAAGCCCAGUAUUCUCACUUGGUGUAUCCCAACAUAAAAGAACAAACCUGUGACAAUUUUGACCCAAUUGGUCAUAAAAUUUGCCAGAGAAUAUUGAAAGAAAAAACACCUUUGUUGCAUUACUUUGUUUGAGUGAAAAAUGACCUCUUUCUCAAAAACUUCAGUAGGAGCAGAUUCUCACAAUGCUUCAUACUACCAACAGCUCUCAAUUGCUCGUUCCCAGGUAAUUGUUUAUGCUAACAAUUAUUUUGAAUAAUUACCAAUAGUUUCCAGUGCCUUUAAGCAUGUUAUAUUUUCCAAGAAAGCUAUUACUUGCACAAAUUAUGUUAGUGUGUUAUGGGCAGCAUCGUUUAUAAUUAUGUUUUCAGCAGGGGGACUCAAAGUUUGUGCAGGUUAUACGUUUCUUGGUUUACUUUAUGAUAAUGUAUAUGUGUAAAUAUUAUAAUCUCUUAAUAUUAACAAAUGUUCAAAGAAAUCCAUAAGUGGAAAUUUGAAAAGACUAAUUCAAUGUUCUUAUAAGAACCAUAUCUGCUUAAUCAAAUUAACAGAGAUUACAUAAAACUACAUGUAUUUAUUGUGUCGGUUGAUCAGCGACUUGAUAGUUCAGAAUUUUAUCUGAAUUCAGACCUUUUAAAGUCUACCCAGUAAUUAAGAUUUCUCUAAAGUAAGUCAUGCUCUGCUGUUCUCAAAAGCUCCUUGGAAUUUACAAUUCCAGGGGUUACCAAAAGGUGGAAUUUCCAUCGCUUCAAUGUUCCUCCGAAGAGUUUUAGACUAUUAUUUCAGCAAAGUCUCACAUCCCUGGUUUAUCUAAACCAAUAUUGAUGCUCAACCGUGCCACGCUUACAAUUCCACUCAUUCUCAUUGGUCAAAUCUUUUUUUUAAGCACUAAAAUGAUUGGUGGAUUUGGUACCUUAUUUAAACUAUUGGGCCAAUAAAAAUCAUUCCUGAAAAUCUGUUGUCAUUGUCUUUCUAUGAGCUAUUCUUUCUGCUAUUCAUUCUUGAGCCCACACAAACACCCAAGUAAAUAAAAGUGUCCACCAGUUGAAACUGUGGAGCUUAUCAAAAAUGAGAUCCAGGUGAUUUUACAGAACAUCCUCACUUUGCUUGAACGUUUAAAGAAAAAGUUGUGAAGUCCAAACAAUUGGAGAACAAAGAGAGGUUUUUGAUGGACAAAGUUGACAAAUGUGUACCUGUCAUCAAGAUCGUAACCUAUAAAUCAAGGGAGUUCUUUAAACCCAGGGUGUGGCAAGAACAUACAAGGCUUCAAGUGUAUUUUGGGCUUGGGUCAUUUUAAACUAUUAUUUUUAUUACAUCUACUAUUUAUAUUAUUAGUAUUUUUUUUCUCAAUCUUACUUUUUAAUGUGAACUUAAAAAAAAAAAAAGUUUUUUUAAUGCAGACUCCAGUAUUUUUGAUUUUACUAUGGUCGUGAUUUAAUCAACUGACUUUGCCUCUGGGUCCAGCGUCGAUGUAGAAAUAAAAAACAUUACUGCUAAAGAAUUAAAUAAAAAAAUCAGAAAUAAUAAUUUUUAGCAACCUCUCAGAAUUGUUUUCCCAUUAUUUUAUUCAUAUACAUUUUCUUCACAUAAUUAAACAAUUCUUGCAACAACUCAACAAAUAACUGGCCUUUGCUAUGGGGUCUAUUUGGAAACUUUUUAGGUGAAAUUGUCGAGCCUGGAAUUUCAUCUUUCAGGGGGGCUAGGCAA